AUGACUAAGUCCCAUUGUCUGAUGUUAGAUUUAGAAAACGAUGUGUUUAAGCCUUCUUUACUUUGUAUUGUGGCAUGUGAAUUUUUCGAACGGUUCGCGUUUUCUGGAUUACGAACAAUACUUUCGUUGUAUUUGCGAAACGUUCUAUUGAUGCCAGAACAGUUGGCCACUAUAACUUACCAUCUCUUCAUGUUGGUCAGCUAUGCUUUUCCUAUAAUCGGAGCUCUUAUAGCUGAUGGCCUUCUAGGACGAUAUCGAACCAUCUUCUAUUUUAUUUUAAUUUAUUUAGCCGGAACAAUUCUGAUGUGUUUUGCAGCUACUCCGCCUAUAGGACUACAGCCAAUUAUUUCCACAUCAUUCGGACUGCUUCUCAUAGCAGUUGGAACAGGUGGUAUGAAACCAUGUGUGGCUGCUUUUGGUGGUGAUCAAUAUCAAUUGCCGAAAGAAGAAGAUUUGGUGGCAGUAUUCUUUGCAUUAUUUUACUUUACCAUAAAUCUAGGAGGAUUGGCGGGCAUGAUCGUGAUCCCCAUUUUCAAAAGAAAAUUUUCUUGCUUUAAUCAGGAUACGUGUUAUACAUUAGGAUUUGGAACCACUGCGUCUUUGAUGAUGAUGUCAUUUGGAGUUUUUGUAAUGGGGAAAUUUUGGUAUAGACGAAAGACGCCUAGGACAAAAGAGAUCUUACACUUUUUCAAGUUGAUUAUAUUUGCUUUGAGGAACAGAAAUAUUCAAGAAGAAAAUCCUACAACUAUUCGAAGACAUUUUUUAGACAGAGGUCGUAGUGAGUUCAAUCAAAGUUUAAUAGAUGACGGUAAAGUGUUACUGAAAGUGUUAUAUCUUUAUCUGCCACUCCCAAUAUUUUGGGCACUUUUUGACCAACAAGGAAGCAGAUGGACAUUUCAGGCUUCACGAAUGAAUGGAAACAUUUUUGGCGUCCAGAUACAACCAGAUCAAACCCAAGUAGCCAAUCCUUUUCUUGCUUUAUUACUGAUACCAAUUUUGGAACAAAUAUAUCAUUUAUUCAUAAAGAGUGGAUUUAAUCCAAAUCCUUUGAAGAGAAUGCUGCUUGGUGGUCUUGUUGCUGGUUUGGCUUUUGUUGCUUCGGGUCUUUUAGAGAUGCGGUUGCAGUCCACGUAUCCACAAGUACCUCUACCAGGAGAAGCACGUCUGUAUGUCGUGAACACCUUGCCAUGCCCAUGUGAAAUUAUAGGAUUAGAAGACACUAUACGAUUAGAUGCCGGUGCUCGUAGAGAAUUUAACAAUUUACCAGCUAAUCCUUGGGAAGUAUACGAGGUUUUGGCUUUUGCACCAAUGCUAUGUGAUGAAAUAGAGCUAGAUCAACCGGGCACUCAUUUGAAAGUCAAUUUAACCGAACGGCAGGUGCGCACGUUAUUAGUUGGCGUAACCGAAGAUAAUGGACUUGCUUUAAAACUAACACAGCCUUUGGAAAUCGAUAAAGCCUUAUCAGGAAAAUCUAAAUUAAGGAUUGAAGUUUUAGUUACUUCUUCAAAACUUGUGAAUAUGACUUUAGACAUUGUAGAUACAAAUGGGGGAAAAAUUAGUUUUUCUUCAAGUCAUAUAUCGCCAGGAUUAAAGGUGUCUGGGUACACAGAAUUGCGUUCUGGUUUCUACCAUUACCGAUUGACCACUAAUCAUCUAUCAUCAGGAGUAAUGGUACAAUAUGCUUCACAGGAAUUCGACAUGCGACUGGAAAUGGGAGCAGUAUAUUCUUUAAUAUUGAGAGAAACAGAUAAGGGAGAAAUAGAUUUCAAUAUGCUGCAGGCAGCCACACCUGCCAGUAAUGUCCAUAUACUGUGGAUACUUCCACAGUAUUUUCUCCUUAGUUUGGCUGAAGUUUUGUUUGCGAUUUCGGGGUUGGAAUUUAGCUUCACUCAGGCUCCCAAAUCAAUGAAAACUAUAACUCUAGGUGCUUGGUAUCUCUGUGUAGCUGCCGGUAAUUUGUUAACGAUUUGUAUAACCAAAAUGAAUAUGUUCUCGAGUCAGGCCCACGAAUUUUUCUUAUUUGCUGGUCUUCAAUUCCUGGACAUGUUGCUGUUUUGGUUUAUGUCCAGAAAUUACGUUGUCUUAGGUGUCCAAGCUGAUGGGUCAUCAUGCGCGAUGAUGUCUACCAGGUUUAUGCCGAUACAGGACUGA